AUGUGCAUCGUCCUCUUCACGACGGCGCAUCCUGAUUACGCGCUCAUCGUCAUCGACAACCGAGAUGAGUUCAUCCUGCGGCCGACAUCGCGACCCAGCUGGUGGACGCACCCGACGUCGGGCCGCCAGGUGCUCGCGGCCCGCGACCUCCAGCGGACGGAGAAAGGAACGUGGUUCGGCAUCACCAGGACGGGACUUCUCGCCGUGCUGACAAACUAUCGUGAGGCCAACGUGCACGAUGCCGCCCACCCCAUCCACGGCGUCAAGAGCAGAGGCGGCAUGGUCAACGCUUGGCUCGGAGGGCUCGCGAACGAGAGCGUCCAAGCUGGCGUCCACCAGCUCGUCGUCGACGCCGGAGUCCAGGGCGUCGGCGGCUUCUCCAUGCUUGGCGCGAAGCUGAGACGAAAGGGCGGCGCCAUUGCCGUUGUGAGCAACCGAGCGAAGCAUCCGGAUGACGUCCCACUGGUCGCUCGGAAUCGCAACGAAACCUGGGGUCUCAGCAACACCGUCUUUGACGACCCGCACGUGUGGCCCAAGGUGGAGAACGGCAAGCGUCUGCUCGACCAGGUCGUGACCGACGCCGUCAAGAAGCAGUCCGGCCAGGACGACCUCGUCCGUGACCUCUUCUCCCUGCUCGACACCGAUACGCUGCCGGAACAGAGGGGGGACCGUGGCGUCGAGCACCAGAUUCGCCACCUCAAGCACACCAUCUUUGUGCCCUUGAUAGGCGACGAAAAGCACGAGAAGGCCAUGCAGGAAGCCGUGGCCAAGGGCCGUGUCGACUGGACCGACAUGAACGGCGACACGAGGGCCGUCGAAGAGCUCAUGGCGGAGCAGCGACCGGAAGGCCGUGCGAGCCUCGAAUCGGCCGCCGCCUUCGAAACGGGCAUGUACGGCACGCAGCGCCAGACGGUGUUGCUGGUGGACCUGGAAGGAAACGUCACCUUUGUCGAGAGGGCUCUCUGGGACGGUAACGGAAACAAGAUUCCCCAAGGCGACGGCGAUGUCGUAUUCCGAUUCAAGAUUGACGGUUGGGAUGAUGAGUGA